CUUUACUGUUUUAUCUUUAGAAAGCAAAUGAAAGGUGCCAGUGGUCAGAAUGAGCAGCAGAAUCUAACACAUGUUUUCCAGGUGAUUGAGACAAAGAUCAUUGCGUUUGUGAAGAAUGAGCUGCAGAGAUUUAAGAUGAUUCUUAGUCCAGAUUACCAAGAAGACUUAAAGAGAAAAGAUGAGGAUGAGAGUGAUGCCAGAGAAGGAGCUCUCAAGAUGGCAUUACACUUCCUAUUGGAGAUGGAAAGAACGGAUCUUUUUGACAAACUGAAAGAACAUGAGCUGGAAGUACUUUGUCGGGCUGAACUGAGAAAACAUCUCAAGAACAAGUACAAGAAUGUGUCUGAAGGAAUUCCCAUGCAAGGAAACUCUGCAUUGCUCGAAAAGAUCUACACAGAGGUAUACAUCACAGAGGGAGGAAGUGGGAAAAUAAAUGAAGAGCAUGAAGUCAGGCAGAUUGAGUCCAUAUCCAAAAGACCAGUUGGAAGGGAGAAUCAAAUCAAAUGCAAUGACAUAUUCAAGCCCUUACGUGGUCAGGACAAGCCAAGCAGAAGAGUGAUGACAAAGGGGGUCGCUGGCAUUGGUAAGACCAUCUCCAUUCAGAAGUACAUCCUGGACUGGGCUGAGGGAAAAGACAACAAAGAGAUCCACUUCAUUUUCCCAUUGCCUUUUCGGGAGCUCAACCUCAUGAGAGGCACACCACUCUCCUUGAUGGGUCUCCUUCACCACUUCUUUCCAGAGCUGAAGCAGUUAACCAGUGACAGUCAAGAGAAGUACAAAUCAUUGUUCAUCUUUGAUGGUCUGGAUGAAUGUCGACUGCAACUAAACUUUCAGGAGAAUGAAAGUUGGACCGAUGCAACUGGUGUCACUUCUUUGGAUGUACUCCUCACAAAUCUCAUAAAGGGAAAUCUGCUUCCCUCUGCUCUACUUUGGAUAACCUCCCGACCAGCAGCAGCCAGUCAGAUUCCACCCAAUUGUGUUGACCUUGUCACAGAGAUCCAGGGGUUCAAUGACACACAGAAGGAGGAGUACUUCAGGAACAGGUUCAAUGAUGAGAGUUUUGCAAGCAUAACGUCUCACAUUAAAUCAUCAAGGAGUCUCUACAUCAUGUGCCACAUACCAGUGUUUUGCUGGAUCGCUGCUUACGUUCUUGUGGAGAUUAUUGGCUCUUCAGGAAGACGACACCUUCCAAAAACUUUGACAGAGAUGUACACAUAUUUCUUGCUUUUCCAAACAAAACAUGCCAAUCAAAAGUUUGGCAAGGUGCAUGACAGGAAUCUCAUCCUUGCUCUUGGAAAGCUAGCCUACAAACAGUUGGAGAAGGGAAAUCUGAUCUUCUAUGAAGACGACCUGAGAGAGUGUGGCAUUGAUGUCAGAGAAGCAGCAGUAUACUCUGGUGUCUGCACCCAGAUCUUCCGACAGGAAUCUGCUAUUUCUCAAGAAACAGUGUUCUGCUUUGUCCACCUGAGUAUCCAGGAGUAUCUUGCAGCUCUGUAUGUGUUUCUGAGGAUGGCAACCGAAAGGAAAAAUGUGAUCUCCAACCACCAACGUUAUCAGCGUUGGACACAACUUUUCAAAAAACAAUCCAUACCCAUUUUACACAAGAAUGCUGUGGACAAAGCUUUGGAGUAUGAAGAUGGACGUUUUGACCUCUUCCUCCGGUUCCUUCUUGGUCUUUCUCUGGAGUCAAACCAGACUCUUCUGCAUGGCCUUUUGCAGAGUGGAGAGAGACAUAUUGGCAAUGCUGAAACAAUCAGCUACAUUAAGGAGAAGAUCAAGGACGUCCCUUCAUCAGAGAGGGUGAUCAACCUCUUCCACUGCUUGAAUGAACUGAAAGACCAUUCCUUAGUGGAGGAGAUCCAGAGCUUCCUCAGGGCAGGGACACUUUGUGAAGCCCAGCUCUCACCUGGCCAAUGGUCGGCUCUAGUGUUUGUGCUGCUAACAUCAGACCAGAAGCUGGACGUGUUUGACCUGAAGAAGUAUGUCAGGUCUGAUGAAGGUCUACGGAGGCUAAAGCCAGUAGUGGAGGAAUCCGAAAUGCUUCUGCUUGAUAGCUGUGAGCUCAGUGAAAUGAGCUGUACAACAAUGGCAUCUGUCCUCUGCAAAGCAUCAAAAGUUAAGAAACUGAAUCUCAGCUACAACAAAAUUGGAGAUGUUGGAGUCAAACACCUUUGUAGUGGGCUGGAGAACUCAAACUGUGAAUUGAAGUCACUCCGGGAACUGGACCUGAGAGGAAACAAUCCGGGAAAAUCUGGAGUAAGGCUGCUUUUGGAAUUACAGCAGGAUUCAGCUUUUAAACUUCAGAAACUGAGGUUGUUGAAGAGUGAUGCUGCUGAACACGCCUGUGUCUUUCUGACUUCAAUUCUACAUGAAAACCCUUUACUGCUGUCAGAGCUGGAUCUGAAGGGGAAGAUACCGGGAGACUCCGGAGUGAAGCAGUUCUGCCCUCUACUGGAGGACUCACACUGCAGAAUCAAGACACUCAAGCUUGAUAGCUGUGGGCUUAGCAAUACCAGCUGUACAACAAUGGCAUCUGUCCUCUGCAAAGCGUCAAAAGUGAAGAAACUGGAUCUCAGCCAGAACAGUGUUGGAGAUAUUGGAGUCAAAGCACUUUGUAGUGGGCUGAAGAACUCUAGCUGUGCAUUGAAGUCACUCCGACUGGCAGACUGUGGUGUAACAGGUGUAGGAUAUGCUGCUCUCGCCUCAGCUCUCAAAUCAAACCCUUCACACCUGGAGGAACUGGACCUGAGAGGAAACGACCCUGGAGACUCUGGAGUAAAGCUGCUUUUGGAAUUACAGCAGGAUCCAGCCUGUAAACUUCAGACACUGAGGUUGUUGAAGAGCGAUGCUGCUGAACAGGCCUGUGCCUAUCUGACUUCAAUGCUACAUGAAAACCCUUUACUGCUGACACAGCUGGAUCUGAGUGGAAAGAUACCAGGAGACUCUGGAGUGGAGCAGCUCUGCGCUCUACUGGAGGACUCACACUGCAGAAUCAAGAAACUCAAACUGGCAGACUGUGGUGUAACAGGUGUAGGAUAUGCUGCUCUCGCCUCAGCUCUCAAAUCAAACCCUUCACAUCUGGAGGAACUGGACCUGAGAGGAAACGACCCUGGAGACUCUGGAGUAAAGCUGCUUUUGGAAUUACAGCAGGAUCCUGCCUGUAAACUUCAGACACUGAGACUGGCAGACUGUGGCAUAACAGGUGUAGGAUAUGCUGCUCUCGCCUCAGCUCUCAAAUCAAACCCUUCACAUCUGGAGGAACUGGACCUGAGAGGAAACGACCCUGGAGACUCUGGAGUAAAGCUGCUUUUGGAAUUACAGCAGGAUCCAGCCUGUAAACUUCAGACACUGAGGCUUGCUGGCUGCAGUAUGACAGAUGAGGGCUGUGCUACUCUGACUUCAGCUCUGGCAACAAACCCCUCACACCUGAGAUAUCUGAUUCUGAGUGAGAAUAAACUUGGAGACUCUGGUGUGAAGCAGAUAUCUACUCUACUCAGGAAUCCACACUGUAAACUACAGGUGCUGGAUCUUGCUAACUGCAGUAUGACAGAAGAGGGCUGUGCUGCUCUGACUUCAGCGCUGAUUUCAAACCCCUCACACCUAAGAGAGCUGUAUCUGGAUGUUAAUGAACUAGGAGACUCUGGAGUGAAGCAGAUCUCUACUCUACUCAGGAAUCCAGACUGUAAACUACAGACACUGAGGCUUGAGGACUGCAGUAUUACAGAGUUGGGCUGUGCUGCUCUGACUUCAGCGCUGAUUUCAAACCCCUCACACCUGACAGAGCUGAGUCUGAGUAAUAAUACACUUGGAGACUCGGGAGUGAAGCAGAUCUCUACUCUACUCAGGAUACCAAGCUGUAAACUGCAGAAACUGGGGUAA